AUGCCACCCUCUCCUUUCCCCUCUCGAAGACUUCCGACAAAUCCCACAACCUUCUUCGGCCGCAUCGGCGCCUGGUACCGCCGCAAUCUCGACAACCACCCAUUCGCCUUAUUCGGCCUCCCCUUCUGCGCCGCCAUAGUCGCCGGCUCUUUCGCUCUCACACCCGCUACAGCACUUAGAUAUGAACGGCAUGAUAGGAAAAUGAAGCAGCUCAGCAAAGAAGAGGCAUUAGGUUUAGGAAAGGAUAGGCGGAAGGUCGACAUGCAGGAGGAGUAUUAUAGGUUGGCUGCGAAGGACCUGGAUGAUUGGCAGCAGAAGAGAGUGCCGAGGCUCGAGGGGGAGAGAGAUGGGAAGGCGUGA